AUGGUGGCCAAGGCAUCCUCGCCAUGGAGGCCCGGACAGCUUGCAGCCAACCAUUGCACAGGGGGCGACAGCGCACAGACUGACUUCUACAAGCUCGGCUCAAACAACCGUUCUAAGGAAGGAUUGUGGAGAACCGCUUUGGAGUCGGCUGCGUUGGAAGAAGAAAACAAAGAAGAGCUUUUGAGCGAAGGGAUCAAUGAGGAGCUGCUGCAGAAUGAGAAGAUUAAAGAGCUUUUCAUGAAGUUCCGUGAAGCGAUGGAGAAGCCAACGAGCACCUUGCCGACAGGGUUCGGAAGCCAAGUGAAAAGCUGGGAAGAAAUGGUUUCGGACGAAGUGCAGGACAUGAAGGUAAUGGCCCUCCUUGUCGAGACGGACCCAGCGUAUGCGAGGUUGUUUAAGCCGAAGCAGAAGAUCUCACUGCUGGAAAUGAUGAAAAAGAAGAAGGAAGGUGAAAGUGAGGUUGAAACGAUGAAGGAAGAAUCGAAGGGCAAAAAGGUGGUCAAGACGAAGGCAAUGCCCAAGAAGCCACCUGCGUUUUUGCAGGCAAAGCACAAGGCAAGCGAAGAGCCAGUGGCCAAGAGGCAGAAGAUGACUCAAGAAGAAGAAAAAAGGGAGACAAACCCAAAGUGGCUCAUCAGGAAGGAUGAAGGCUCAAGACGCCCGCAAGGAUGUUUCUUUUGUGGCAACGAUGACCACAAGGCGAUGUACUGCCCAAAGAUGGGAGACGAGGCAACGGCCUUGGGAGCAAAGAUCCCAUCAAUGGAUGAAAGAAAGGAGAAAAAGGCAGGAUUGUUCUGCAAGUACUGCUUUCUGUUGCACCCCGGGAAUCCCAAGCCGGAUUUGGCCGGAUGGGGAGCGCGCACUCACCAGAAGUGCUGGUACCGUGGAGAUGGAGCACGGGAAGAAGCGAAGUUCUGGGGAAAGAAAGAGAAGGCAGGAAAGAAAGAAAACGAAGAAGAGAUCGAGAAGAUGGUGCAAGACAUUUAUGGUAGCGGAGCUGUUGGCAACGGCCAGCAGCUGAAGAAGCAGAUCCAGGGAGAGAAGGUAAGCCCAGCCGAAGGGCUGGCAGCCAGCCAACGGGCUGGAAAGAAGAAAGAAAGGCUCAUCAACUACGCCUUUCUGAAGCCGAAGAAAACAGGAGUUAAGGUGCUGCCCAAGCUGCAAGAAACUCCCCAAGAAGUCUGGGAGGAGAAGGUGAAGAUGACUGGAGCCAAGAUCACGAAUGGUCAAGUGGCGUAUGGACUGCCAAUGGUAAGAAUCGAGGAAGUUGAUGAAGAAGACGAUGAAGAGAUCGUAGAUCUGAUCGAAAUGUUCCGAGAAUGGGGAAACAAGCCCUACGUGAGAAUGGUGAAGACGAACGAAGUUCAAGUGUUCGAUGAAGAGCUGAACGAAUUGGACGAGUACCAGAUGUGGUAUGAAGAAGACCGACCAGAAGUCAGACAGGAAUCGAUUGAGAAUCCAAGUCCAAGUCCAAGUGUCCAAGAAGCGAGCAAGGAUCGAGUACGAACGGUUCGGUUUUCAAGGAACUCAACGGUGACAGAUCUGAGAAUCUACCGAGCAGCAAUGGAAAACGGACAAGACGAUGUGCCGAUUUCAGUCAGGAAACUCACCCUGACGAAGGAAUUGAAGGAUGACAUAGAGAAUGGCAAGUACGAAGAAGGUUGGUUUUAUCUCACCGACGGACGGCCAGUGAGAAUUGACUGGGAUGUAAACACGACGUACAGCCUUGGAAAAGAUGAAGGAAAACCGUUCAAGUACAGAACAACGCUGAGGACCAGGUAUGAAGAAGAACAGAUAGUGUGGGAAGAACUGGAGUUUUAUGAGUGUGCCGAAGAGUGGAGAGAAAAGAGCACAAUGGUCAUAGUGCCAGAGAUCGAAAAGUUGGUCAUCACGAUCAUGGAAAGAUUCCCGAGAAGCGUUGAAGACUACGGAGAGUACAGCAGCCCGUAUAAGAGAAAGGAAGCAGAGGAAACGCGUGACGUGGAAAUGGAACCACAGGAACAAGAAGACCUAUGGAAAGGAAGGUCAGAAGCAGAGUUGCAGCGAGAAAUUGACAAAGGAGUAGAGGAACUGGCACAAGCACCAGGCCCAGAACAGCAAUUGCAAGAAGAGAAUGAUGAGAGUGAACGGAAGAAGGUUGAAGAACAACUGCCGAAACUUGGAGAAGCAAUGGAUGAAAGAAUGAAGAUUGGAGGAAUUGAGCUGACGGUCAAAGCAGCCGAAGAGGCUACCGCUAUCGAGUGGAAUCGAAGUGGCGCCGAUCGAAGGAAAAGAGAUGAAGCGAGUUUGACCUCGGGCGAAGCCGAAGAAGAAGAGCCGGAAGGCCAAGAGUCGAUGAAGGAACCGGACAAGUUGAAGAACGACCUGAGAAGCAAUGGUCAAGUGAGAAGAUUGAACGGCAAUGGCCGAACCGGCAAUGGCCGGAAAGUGAGCGAAGAGAAGUUGACAAAGAUCACCCAAGCCGUCACAAUGGCUGUUCUUGUAGCCCUAGGUGAAGCGAAGAAGUUCAGCGAAGAAGAAGAAAUUGGAAAAAACGAAGGAGCAACGGAUCGAAGGGAGAGGUUGCUCCAGGAAAAUGUUCUUGUAGAAGAGGAGAAUGCUCCAAAGGAGCCCGAGAAGAAGGAGGAGUCCGAAGGGCAAAAAGAAGCCGAAAAGCCGAAUGAAGGCGAAGGCCAGGAGGAUGAUGCGUACCUCCAUUUGUCGGAGGAAGGAUUGUGGACUGUGACAAAGCAGUCGGCAUCGAUCGAAGAGGAGAAUCGGAUGGUUCUCGAAGGAGAAAAUGCCCUGAAUAUGGAUUUCGCGAGAAGCGAAAGGCUUAAGCAAAUCUUCAGUGAGUUCCAGACGAGAAUGAAGCAGCCGGCAAAGCAGCUCCCGAACGAUUUCGGGAAUGAUGUCAAGAAGUGGGAGGUUGAGGCAAUGGACCUGCUCACAGACCUCCGUGACAGCGAAGACAUCGUCAACAGCGACCUGGACGAAGUUGAGCGAAGGUUUCUCAGCGCAAGAAAGAAGUACGAGAAGAAGAAAGAUGAGAUUGCUGAAAGCCUAAAGGUGGCAGAAGGCCUCAAGAAGGAAAUGGAAGGAGCUGAGAAGGAGUUCCAAGAGGCGAAGGAGGAGGUGAAAGACUUCCAAACAUCGAAGGAUGUGGUGAAAGGCGUCGUGGUAAUGAUGCAAACGGCCGGUGAAGUGAUGAGAAUGUUGAUCCACGAGCGGCCUGAGUUUGCAAGGCUCUAUGCAAAGAAGCGAGAGCGAGUUUCGCUUUAUGACUUGAUCAAGCGGAAAAGAGAAAGUGACAGCGAGAUCGAGCCAAUGGGCAAGGCCAGCGAGAAGAAGACCAUGGUAAUGGAGCCGAAAACGAAAGCGAUGCCAAAGAGGAUCCCGUCGCCACUGCGGAAGAAUGAGGAAGAGCAGAAAAAGCAAAAGACAAGUGAGACCCCAAGGUGGGAUCCAAGAAAGCAAAACAGUUGCUUCUUUUGUGGGGAAACGACCCACAAGGCGAUGAACUGCGAAGCAAUGGCGCAGCAAGCGUUGAACUUAGGCGGUAUCGUGCCGUCAAGAGAAGACCGCGUCGCAGCCGGUUCAAGUUUGUUCUGCAAGUGCUGCUACUUAACCUCGAAGGAGGACCCCAGGAGCAAGAUGUGUGGGUGGGGUAACCAUACCCACCAGCGUUGCAGAAACUGGAAAGCCGGAGACCGUGAAGAGCAACGAUUGGCGAAGGCCAAGGAGAUGGAAUUGGAGAAGAACGUGCCCAAAGCUCCAAACCCCAAGUGGAGAGUCGAACCCACGACCACAAAGCGCAAAGCCGAAGAUGCUGAGCCUAAGGCGAAGGCCAAGGCAAAGGGGGGAGGAGCGUACGUCGAAGAAGUGGAAGAUGAUGAAGAAAGCGAAAAGAAGCAAGACGACACGAUCGAUCUCAUGAAGGAGCAUCCAAAGGGAUUUCCGAAGGAAGAGCUUGAAGAAGCGAAGAAACAAGAUGAAGUAAAGAAGGCCAUGCAGGCAAAGGCCAAGGCGUCAAAGGAAGGAAAGAAGCGAGGAUCAAAGGAUGCCAAGAAGAAGUCUGAGAAGAACAAGAAGGAAAAGAAGGAAAAGAAGUCCAAAAAGAAGGACGAGGCCAAAGAGGCCAACAUCAAUGCAGAGGACCUGUAA